UCAGCGGCGGCGUUCUCUUUGCGGCUCCACGUCGGCACCAGCUGCGGGGCAAGAUGGAGGCGCUGAUUUUGGAACCCUCCCUGUAUACUGUCAAAGCCAUCCUGAUUCUGGACAAUGAUGGAGAUCGACUUUUUGCCAAGUACUAUGACGACACCUACCCCAGUGUCAAGGAGCAAAAGGCCUUUGAGAAGAACAUUUUCAACAAGACCCAUCGGACUGACAGUGAAAUUGCCCUUUUGGAAGGCCUGACGGUGGUAUACAAAAGCAGUAUCGAUCUCUAUUUCUAUGUGAUUGGCAGCUCCUAUGAGAAUGAGCUAAUGCUCAUGGCUGUUCUGAACUGCCUCUUCGACUCAUUGAGCCAGAUGCUGAGGAAAAAUGUAGAAAAGCGAGCUCUGCUGGAGAACAUGGAGGGGCUCUUUUUGGCUGUGGAUGAAAUCGUAGAUGGAGGGGUGAUCCUAGAGAGUGAUCCCCAGCAAGUGGUGCACCGGGUAGCAUUAAGGGGAGAAGAUGUCCCCCUUACGGAGCAGACUGUGUCUCAGGUGCUGCAGUCAGCCAAAGAGCAGAUCAAGUGGUCACUCCUUCGCUGAAGACCCCACUGUUCCUGGCUCCUCACUCCCUCAAAAAAUCCACAUGUCUGCUGUGACUUCUCAUCCAGUCCCCCAGCUGAUGCUCUCAGGGUCAUCUUGGGGGAUCACAAGGAUCCUUCAAUCUCCGUUCUGUUUGUGGUUGCCCCCCACCCCCUCUCUCCCUGCUCCAACCCUUAUACACUUCCCUUUCCUUCUCACUCUUUUUUGCAGCUGUGGGAGUAAAGCUCUCAGCAAUUUGGACAAAGGGCAGGGGAAGCACCCUCUUCCUUUCUAGACGGGCUUAUGCUCCCAAGCUCUCCUGUCCCCCAUAUUUUCUCCUCAACUUCUGUGCCCUUUGCUGCAGCUAGACUUCAGAUCAAAGCAGGGGAAAGAAUGUGCUGAGUGUUUUCCUCCCUUUGCCUUUACCGGCCUUCAUCCCAACAGCCCAUAUGUCCAGCAAAGGGAGGGAGAGAGAAUUCUUUUCUAUAGAUUGAGUGGGGGUGGGGAGAGGCAGGGCAAGUCUCAGCUGCAGCUCUGCUUACUGGCCUCGAUAUUUUCUCUUAUUCCUUCUUACUGCCCAGUCCUCCUGCCUUGGGAAAAAGGAUUGGGAACAGCUCAUGGGCAAGGGACAGGGUCGAAGAAGCAGUGAUUUAAAUUUUAUUGGAGAGGGCUGAUAAAAAAUUCUGUAUUCCAGACACACACAGCUGCAUUUUUCCCCCGACCCUGGCUUAUAGCUCCACACCCCCUGUGGUCUGAGUGUUCGUUGUGGGAGUGUCCAUCGCUUGGUCUGGAUACCUUAACUCUCCACCUUCACCGCCCGUGGGAUCUUUGCCUGGCUUGUCCUCUCUGUGCCCUGGAGCAAAGCCAGUCCCUGAACUAAAACUAUUCUAGUCUUGGGAAGAAGAGUUUCUGCUCCAUACUGGGGACAGGGUGGAAUUUAUGACUUGGGCCUCUGGGCUCUCUCGGUCCCCUUUUCUCCCCCACAUGCAUUUCACUCCUCAGCCUGGGGUCUGUGAUCUCUGCGGCUUUACCCUGUCCUCUCUCCGCCUCAGCCUCACAUCCAGGCGGUAGGUCUGGGCGCCUCCCCUCCCUGGGUUGCUGAGAGAGGUGCCUUUCUUCAGAAAACCUUUGGGAUUUGGAUGUCCCCAGGAAGAUGGAGGAUGGAACACCCACUCUUGGGUCUCAUCUUUCCCCUUAGCCCCACAGAAAUGUCUCAAAAAACCUUCCUGAGAUUUAGUGUUCUGCCCGACUCACUAACUGACAACUCUCCAGGACUCAAGUGGGGCGGAUAACUGGGCAUCCUUGAGGGGGCAUUUUUGUGUCAGUGAUGUAUGGGGUCAGGAUGAUGGCCACCUUCAUAUACUGCUCUGUGCAAAGAGGAAUAAAACAUUUCUUUUUCCAAA